CCAGGCAAAGGUAAAAAAUUUAAUGAGAUAAAAUACUCUUUUAAUUAGGAGGAAUUUUACAAUAUUAUAUAGCAUUGGUGCUAAUUUUUUUCUUUAUUGUGAUAAGAUGUUGAAACUCAACUUCUGACCGACGCCGGAGAUGGAGCUCCUCAAUCCUCCACGAACAUUUCCACCGGACCAUUCUUUCUACUCUUUCAAACUCUUACUCCCAAAUUCCCGUUCCAAAUUCCAUGCCUUCUUCAUCUCUAGAAAUCCAACCCGUUCACCCUUGUUACCUAGCUCUAGGAAUCUCCGCGUUUCAGCCCAUUUCGGUCGACCCCCCCGCCGCAGAAACUCGCUCCGGAAAAAGCUCAGCGGUGAUGACCAACAGGUUAGUCAAUUGACCUCAAUUUCCGCUCCUUCGUCCUCUGAUAGCCAGAACCCACCUCUAAAUUUAGAAAAUUCUAAGGAAAGUUUAGCUCUUGAUGAAGAACAAGGGACGGACUAUGUUACUGUGGAAAAUGUUGUUAGGAAUGAGUUGAAACCGAAAGUUGACAAAUUUGGGAUUUCUGUUCCGUUAUCACGGCUGAAGAAUUGGGUUGAUCAGCAUAAGCACGAUUCCGCUUAUUGGGGUGUUGGGUCUAGUCCAAUUUUCACUGUUUUUCAUGAUAUAGAUGGCAAGGUAAGGCGGGUUUCAGUUGAUGAAAAUGAGAUACUGGAGAGAAGCAAGAUUGCGAGCAAUGAGCUCAAGAGUUCAGCUCAAGUGCAGUCGAAAAUCUCGUAUGCUAAGGAAUUAGCUAUGGAUAUGGAAAGAGGGAGAAUUGUGAGUCAGAAGAAUAGUUCGGUAGCUAAAUUUGUUGCUUUAGGUGGAGAAUCUAGUUUCCGUAGCACAAUUCAGGAUGUAGUCGCCCACCCUCGGUUUUUCCCGAUACUCUCAAGGGUUGGCAAAUUGGUUUUGUUUAGUUUAGUUGCAGCCUGGGCACUGAAAAGAUUAUUGCACUCCGAGAACAAGGAGGUAAAACACUCGGCGUUGGAGAAGGAAAUGAUGAGGAGAAAGAUGAAGUGGAGAAAGGAGAAAGAAGCAUUGGAAGGGAGUGGAAUGGAGGUUGUCGAUGAAGGUUUGGAGAAGGUGCAGAUAUUGGCAGUUGAGAGGCCUAAGCUGGAUAAGCAACAACUUAUGAAGAAUAUAUAUGAAUCGAAUGUUGGGAAAGGUAGAUUGACAGCUCCAGAAGCUUCUCGUUCCCAAACUAUGAAGUCUGUAGAAUUUGAUCCAAGAAUUCAGCAAAUCAGAGCCAUGGCAAGGAAAGCCCGUAAAAUUGAGAGGGAGGAGCAAUCCAUGGAUGAAAAGAUUGAGAAAGGUAACCAGAAUUUGGACAUCGAAUCGUUCCAAUCUCAAGAUUCCACUUCUAGUGAGCUGAGAAUGAGGGAAUCAUUAGAUGAUCUUGGAGCUGGUAAAGAUGAUAGUUUACACAUAGAACCUAUUGAUUGGAGCAAGUCAAUGCAAGAUGUUUCGGAUAACUGGCAAGGUAUGGUCAAUGGGGAUGAUAUGGAAUCAACUCUGGGUACUAAUAACGAAUCAUCUUUGUCAAGUCAAUCUAUUGCACCAAAACCAAAGCUUAUAAGGUCAGUACAAGAAGCUAGAGAGUUCCUUUCUAACAGAAGAUCCAAGAAUGUCCAAGACUCUCAGGCUGCUUCAUUGAGCAUGUCUCAUGAUAAUAUGCCUAUUGGCAAAAGAAGCCAAUUACCCGAUAUGCAUAUAAAAGCAUCAGCACUGUCUACUUCUUUCUCAAAUGAUGAUGCGAGUGGCAAUGACAUGGUUGGUAGACAGGCUGAAGAAGUGGCAAAUUGGGUGGAGGAAAAUAGCAAUGAAGUAGAGCCGAUAUUUAAGAUGAUUGGGGAUGGCUUUAGAGAUAGUUUUAAGGUAGCUAGGGAAACUGCAAACCAGAACACAAAUACAAGUCUUGAUUUAUUAAAGCUUGAGUACAAAGACGACGAUGGUGAACUUUACUGGAUGAAAGAUGAUGCGCUUAGAGAUAUAGUUUUCCGAGUUCGAGAAAAUGAGUUGUCUGGUCGUGAUCCAUUUUACAUGAUGGAACCGGAAGACAAGCAUAAUUUUUUUGAAGGACUUAAGAAGAAGGUUGAGAGAGAGAAUGAAAAGCUGCUUAAAGUGCACGUCUAUCUACAUGCAAACAUUGAAAAUCUUGAUUACGGAGCAGAUGGCAUCAGCCUGUAUGAUCAAGCAGAAAAGAUCAUACCACGCUGGAAAGGGCCUCCAAUGGAAAAAAACCUUGAGUUUCUUGAAGACGUAAUUCAAAAACAAAGGGACACUGUUCUAAAUGGAGAAGAUGAUAGGUCUUACCAUUUUGUAAAUGGUAAAGAACUUGAUAAAUUCUCAGAAUCUCGGCUGGCCAAGAAUAUUAAACCUUCUUCAGCAAACCACGUAUUAAGAAAGCAUAUCAACGAGAAGGAUCCAAAAGCAUCUAGAAUCGUUAUAGAAGGUAGUGAUGGCUCCACUAGACCUGGUCAAAAAUCAGGUAAGGAGUUCUGGCAACACACAAAGAAAUGGUCUCGGGGAUUCCUAGAAUGUUAUAAUGCAGAGCCAGAUCCAGAAACUAAAUCUGUUAUGAAGGAUAUUGGAAAGGAUCUAGACAGAUGGAUCACUGAAGAAGAAAUUCAGGAAGCAGCAGAUAUGAUGACCAAGUUGCCCGAGAGAAAUAAGGAGUUCCUGGAAAAGAAGAUCAAUAAGUUGAAAAGAGAAAUGGAACUGUUUGGACCACAAGCUGUGGUUAGCAAGUAUCGGGAGUAUGCUGAGGAGAAAGAAGAGGAUUUCUUAUGGUGGCUUGAUCUUCCACAUGUUCUCUGCAUUGAGUUAUACACAAUAGAAAAUGGAGAGCAGAAAACUGGAUUUUAUUCAUUAGAGAUGGGUGUGGAUCUCGAGCUGGAUCCUAAACCAUGUCAUGUGAUUGCUUUCGAGGAUGCUCAUGAUUGCAAGAACCUCUGUUACAUAAUUCAGGCACACUUGGAAAUGCUAGGAAACGGUCAUGCUUUUGUUGUUCCCAGACCGCCCAAGGACACCUUCAGGGAAGCCAAAGCAAAUGGAUUCAGUGUUACUGUCAUCAGGAAAGGACAGCUGCAGCUGAAUAUAGACCAACCAUUGGAGGAGGUGGAGGAAGAGAUCAGUGAGAUAGGGAGCAAAAUCUACCACGAUAAACUUAUGCAGGAUCGCGGUGUGGAUAUGAACUCGCUGAUGAAGGGUGUGUUCGGCUUGAGUAGCCAGACCACCAAAGGUUUGAGGAAGAGAGCAAAGAGGAAAUCGAAGAAGGAAACAGAGAAGCGAGCGCAAUGUUAGUGUAACCAGGCAACAGGCUGUCGGGGCAUGGAAUAUGGAUCAAGUUGCAGGGCAGAGCAUGGGCAAGCUGAAGAAGCCAUCCCUCAUGAGGUUUGAAGAAGGAAGAGCCAAGUAGCAAGAGGCAGAAUGUUUUCUCUUCUUUUGGAAGCAUAUCAUAUGCCUGGCGUGAACAUAUACAACAAUGAUUGGGCAAGUGAUAUUUUGGGGUUGUAUUCCCAUGGGUUUCCCUAGUUGUAUUACUCAAGGAAUGCAGCUUAUGUUCAAAUACAAGUUUGUGGUUUGAGGUCCACUUAAUUUCAAUCUAGCUUAACAGAUUAAAGGUAGCAAGAAGAUAAGUACUAAGAGUUGUUCACAGUGACGAAAGGUACUUUCUACAACUGGAGGUUUAGUUACACAUGAUAAUAGAUGAAAACAUAAUUGCAAUAGAAGAAGAAUUCUUCUUGAAAUCGAGCGAUCCUCCAAAUUUGAUCGAGUCUUGACUCUUGAAGGCUUGGGAACUAGUUUCCUAUACUCCCUUUAUUUCUCAAUAACUCCCUCUGCUAGUUUCUGUGUCUUUUCCCCGUAAUGAACCUCUCUAUCUAGAGAGCUGUCGCCCAAUUAUAUUCCCAAUCCAGAACUGGCAGGGUACCCAUGAAAUAUACGGCUGUAGAACAAGGAUGGAAUUUACCUGAUGGGUAGCUAAAUAGUAUUUCCUCCAAACCUCUCACGUCUCCUUAGUCAGUAAUAGUAUGCUCUUGAGUUAAAAAAAAAUGUAGAGGUUGAAGUGCUUCAGAGGUUGACUUGAGACUUCUGUCGGUUUGUGUUAAAACUAAAAAAUAAAAUAGAAAAAGAAAUCUAACUAAUGGACGAGGAAAAACAUAAUGGAAAAGUAUUGAUAGCAUACCUCGCCUAGAGUUUUUUUAAAACUAACUUCGAUUUAAUAAGUGUCAUAUACAUGCGUGUGUGAGUGAAUCUAUAACGGAUUUUUCCACUCGCUAUGCUUCUAUGUCCUGCCAUUUCCUCACUCUUGUGGAUUCUGUGCUAGGGAAACACGUGGGGUCAGCUAACAAUACAAUUUGCAUACGUCACGUAGCAAAAAAGUUGCAACUUGACAUGCAUUGCAUACAGUGUACAAAAUCAUGAGGACUUCCUUGUCACAAUCCAUCUAACAUAAUCACAACAGAAAGAUGCAAUAAACAUAAUAAGGAGGAUUCAAACAAAUGCAAUAUAUAUAACCAAGAAUCGAGCAUUACAGUGUCCACAGUACUUCUAGCGUUCACAAACCUACACAACUAAAAAACUAGCCACACAUAGGGACAAAAUCUGGGGUAGACAUCAUUUUGGUUAUAAAGCUUUUUGCAUCAAAAGUUCAAGUAAAAACUCCUGAGCCUAGUAAAAGACUUAGAAGCUAGUUUUAAAACACUUUUUAGGCUUUUGAUAUCCGAGUAUUGAACAAUAUUGUAUGAGUGUGCAAUGGUCCGGUUAGGUUUAAAAGCUAGCUUUGAAACCUUGAGAAUCGCAUUCCAUGAUUAAAAAAACAUUAAAACCAAGGAUUGGACAAACAUUGCAUUCAGUCCAACGUGUUCCAGCUUGGUUCGUUCCAAAUAUCAAUCGGGCUCAUUUUACUUCAGUAUAAAAUUCUUAGAAUCAA